AUGCACGCUCUCAGGGCCUGCCUCCUCUCAGGUCUAUGCAUAGCCGCGGCCUCGGCGAAAUACCUCGUGAGCUACAACGCCAGCGCCGGCGACGACCCAAGCGUCCUCGGGCAGCUCAACCUCGGCGGCCGGGAACGCGCCGACUGGCCCAGCGGGCAGGGCCAGAACAGCUCCGUCUACUUCAAGACGGCGACGGACCCGGACGGCGUCCAAGCCGCGCACGUCCACAAGAACACGGACUUCACGCGCGCCGAGUACCACAUGCUGAAGGACGAGAUCGCCGCCGAUACGACGUAUUACAUCGGGUACAAGGUCCGCUAUGACUCGGUGGAUUAUCAGACGUUCGUGUGGCAGUGGAAGAACUACGACUCGGCGACUGUGGGUGUUGAUAAUGUGCCUGCGGUCUUGACGUUUGCGAAGGAUGCUGAUGAUUCGAACUAUCAUACCAUCACCCUGAAGGCCAACCCCAGCGCCAAAGACGGCGGCGCCACCGUCGUCUGGUCCAAGGCGCUCACCAUGGGCCGGACAUACGCCUUCGGGCUCGUCGUCAACACAUCGCAGACCGGCGGCUUCCUGCAGCUGUACUUCGACGGCGCGCUCGCGACGCUGACGGACGCGUCCGGGACCAAGACGCAGAAGCUCGCGGGCAACUUCUUCCCCGGCGGGAGCGGGGCGAGCUCGAGCCCCAAGGUUGGGUUGUACGGAAGUGGUAUCGGCAAGGCGUGUAGCCUAGCCUUUGCGAAGAACGGUGCUCAAGAGCUUCUGGUUGCCGACCUUAAUGUCGAAGCAGACAAGAAGACUGUGACUGAAGCAACCGCUGUCGCUACCAACCCCAACUUCAUUGCUGAGGCCUUUGAGCUUGAUGUCACUCUCGAGGAGUCGGUAGAAGCUGCCGUUGGAUAUGCGACGACGUUCCUGGGCCGCAUUGAUUAUUGCGUCCAUUCUGCGGGGGUACCAGGAGGAACAUUCGAUCCUAUCGCAGAGACCAGUUUCGCCGACUUCAAGCGACUGCUCGAGGUCAACGUUCAGGGAACCUUUCUGGUGACCCGUCUUGUAUCAGCAGCGAUGAAGUCCCAGGGCCCCAAACAAGUCGAUGUCAGCAACCCCAAGCGUAGCGUCAGCCGGGGCACGAUUGUCAUCAUGGCUUCGGUGUCGUAUGUCAUUUCCGUGCCCAGCAUGGUGCAGUAUACGACUUCGAAGCAUUGCUAUCCUCGGAAGCACAAAGACUGCAGGCUCAUCAGCUUUGAUCCUGCAGCUAUCGACAAUGUCCCCAACAACAUCCGCGUGAACUGUGUCUGCCCUUCUUGGACGGAUACACCCAUGACUCAAACCGCGAUGGAGUUGUCCCAGGGCUCGAACAGACAAUGCUGGCUGGAGUUCUGA